AUGGCUUUGCCCGGUCGAUCGUCGCGUUGGGACGUGCUUCCAGAUGAGAUCGUGCUCCAGAUCAUUAGCUAUCUCGAUCCUUUCCACAUCACCAGACUGCAGCUUGUAUCGCGGAAGCUUCAGAAGCUCUGCCUCGACGAUGAGCUGUGGAAGCGCCGCUGCUUCGAGGAAUCAUCAUGGUACCAACGACUGAAGAGCCGCCGUCGACUUAUCUCUCCUAGCGAACCCGACGACAAGCCUCGAGAUGGAGCGGUGCUGCUAAAUCCAGAAGCCAGCGGCGACACAGGCGCCGGUGAUAAAGAGACUGCGAAUGGAGAUGAAAACAGCCCCGAAUCGACACAGAGGCGACAGCGGAGCCGCCGAAGGCAAGAACUUCAAGACAUGGCCAACUGGGACCCAACGUUUCCCGGCGAACGAGUGUGCUGGUACAGCGAGUAUAUUCAACGCAAUGGUCCUACAUGUGUCAACUGGCUGCAAACCCCUCGGAUACGCGAUCGGGGAAUCGAGGCCAUUAUCGAGGCCAGAGGGAUGGAGCUGUACUACCCAUACGACGGAAACGACGGUCUCGGCACCAUGCUGGCCGUAUCACCGCUCGACGACGGCUCAAUAUGUUUGUGGGACGUCAAAGGGACACGGAAUAAGCCAGGCUCAAUUCUUGCAACAAGCAAAUCCGAUAUACUUUUCAUCGAUGGGCCGGGAAGCCAAAAUACCAGACGUUCUAAGAGAGUUGACACAGGGGUUACAGAGUGCGUUAGCGUAGACAACCACAGGCAUCGUGCAUAUUUUGCCGUACAAAGCCAUUUGAUCGAAAUCGACCUCGAACGCCUAGAAGUCGUGAGCCACGAAUCAUUUGAAUGGUCCAUAACCGCACUCUCAAAGAUCCAAAAUGAUGUUCCUCUUACAGUUGGAACAUCUCUUGGUAUCCAUCUAUUCGAUCCUCGCGCAAGAGCUCGGGCAGCCCAGGUAACGGUAGAACGCGUGGAUCAGAACGAUAUAUUCAAGUCAAUAUUCGACCCGACACCAUUGCUCCCCUACGCGCCGCUCUCUCAACCUACUCCCGUCAGCAUUGUACACCUCCCACUGCAUGGAUCGCGAGAUUUAGUAUCACACGAUAUCUACGUGGCCGGUAGAUUCUCCAAUAUAUUGCAUUACGAUCGCCGCAGGUUCCCUGUUAUUAUGGACUCAAUCUACUCGGGAGCUAUGAUCAACAGUAUGGCGGCGACUCCUCAUCCAUUCUCCUGUUUAGAUAGCGAAAUCAGGCGGCACGGUGAGCUCAGCGCAGAACAGGUAGCCAAAUCGAAAGAAGGGAGCGAAGGUUGGACGCUGGUGGCAGGAGGAACAUACAAAUCUAAGGGCUCUCUUGAAAUCUUUGGUCUCAGCCAGGCGGUUGCCGGCCCAUUUGGUCGCGAGAUGAUGCAGAAUUCUACCAUGAAGAAUAGGCAAACUGCUGCGUCCGCUUCAAUUCUAUCAGUUGCCAAUCACGGGAGCAAGAUUGUAUUUUCGGAUGGAGCUGGCUUCAUCAAGUGGUUUGAAAGAGACGGCUUAACAGAGUGCCGCCAGCUAAGGAUUGGCCACUGCGAAGGAGACGAUGCUCCAUCGCUAUUCGCUUCGAUGAGUGCAGCCGGCGAACUCGCACGUAAAAUCGUCUCGACAAAAUCAAGAGAAGCCCCAGAUCGGCCCAAUGACGACAAUGUUCUAUUCUGGACAGGAGAAAGAUUAGGGAUGGUCAGCUUUACGCCAACGCCACUCUAUCAUUCCAAGGAUUUUGAAGACGAGCAGGACCUUGACGCCCUGGCUGAGGAAGAAGAGAGGAGACGCUAUGCAGAUCAGAUGCGUGAGGCUUUGGAUCUGCAGGCGGAUGAGGUUAGAUACAUGAAUACAUUUGGAAGCGGAGGCCCUCGCGAAUGA